CAGAUAGUUACUCAAGACUUACCUCAACUAACCUCAGUACCCUUGAAAGCUCCUUCUCAUCUCCUCUCUUCCUGUUUCAAAUCCCUAAAAAGCAUAGCCAUUAAUGUACAUUUUUUUUCUUGCUCAAAUCAAAUUUCAAGAACAACCCAAUUCUUUUCUUUCGUUGUAAGCCAAAUUUGAGUUUUUUUUUUUUUUCUUUUAAAAAAAGACCAUCACCAACGCUAAUUGUUGCUCAUUAUUGUUUCUUUUGUUCUUUUAAUGCCUGCUUGAAGGCGUAAGAGGUUGGAGAUACAGUAGGAUUUAGCUAUAUACAAGUGUUAUUAUAUUUGUUCAUGGCUAGUUAUAAGGGCGACUCACCUGCCAAUCUUAAUGUGCCUCUGGAUAUUAGAAGAAAGAGGAUCAGUGAGCAGCAAAAGAGAGAGGCACUUGAAAGAGAGGUAUCCGCCCUUCAGAAAAUGUUGAAACAAGAAGAGAAGGUCCAUGAAAUUUUGGAGCAUUUGCAAAAUAAGAGUAACCAUAACUCUGGGAUCUCUAUCCCUAACUUCCUUCCUCCCAAGGCAAAGGAGCUUUUAGCAGAAUUAGCCAUGGUUGAAAGUGAAAUAAUUCGAUUAGAAUCCCAAAUCAGCCAACUUCAAUUAGGGUUAAAACGUGAACAAGAAAUUACUAAAGAGACAAAACCACAACAAUGGCAGCAAGCUGGAAGUAAUUAUAUAAGCAACUUUCAAAGUCAUUUAUGGAUGCCUAGCCCUUUACAUAGCGGUGGUGUUGGUGUUCAUCAAGAGAAAAUGGCAUUUGAGACCAAGGCAUUGCAUUUCAUAAGUAAAGCAAUUAAAGGUGAUUAUAAUCUUAAUGACUUCACUUUCAAUGAGAAGAUGGGAAGCUCAAGAAUAUUUCCUGACCAGAAAGAAAAUAAUUUCUACGAGGAAUCCAAAUUUCAAGAUAGAGUGCCAAGAAAAAGUGGAUUGCUCAAGUCUCCUUCUCCUUUGCGAGACCCUCGACAUCCAUCACCUAAGCAAAGGGAGCGACAUGUGGAAUUCUCAUUGGACCACUUACCAAAAUCACUAUCUAAUGCAAUUCUAUCAGAAGAGAGCAGCAACAUUCAGCAAUGUCAGCCCAACAAACUAUCAGAAAACAUAAUCAAGUGUUUGAACUUCAUAUAUAUUAGGUUGCUAAGAACAUCAAGAGCUAUGGAGUUAGAAAAGUCAGGCCCAAUUUCUAGAUCUUUGCAGAAUUCUUUAAUUUCAAGAAGUUUCAGGACAGACACCACCUCGAACUCCAAGACAAACCUUUUAUUACAAAAGGAAUCAAGACAACAAGACCCAUAUGGCAUUUUCAAUGUGGAAGAGUCAAUUCCAAGAGAUAUUGGUCCUUACAAGAACUUGGUUAUUUUCACAUCAAGCUCCAUGGACCCAAAAUGCAUUUCAAGUUCCAGUUCUAUUCCUUUGCUAAGAAGGUUAAGGGUCUUAAUGGACAAUCUGCAGACUGUGGACUUGAGAUUCUUGACAUACCAACAGAAACUAGCUUUCUGGAUCAACAUGUACAAUGCUUGUAUCAUGCAUGGAUUUCUCCAAUAUGGAGUGCCUUCUUCUACAGAAAAACUGUUGACAUUAAUGAACAAGGCAACUCUAGAUAUUGGUGGAAACACAAUAAAUGCUCAGGCAAUAGAGCAAUACAUUCUGAGGAAGCCAACAUCUUCCAACAAGAUUCAAACAAAGAAUGAAAAAGAUGAUAAAGAAGCCACUGUUCGCAAACUUUAUGGACUCGAAUCUAUGGAUCCUAAUCUCACCUUCGCUCUUUGCUGCGGAACCCGUUCUUCUCCUGCUGUGAGAGUAUACACAGCAGAUGGUAUUAUAGCUGAACUGGAGAAAUCCAAAUUAGAGUAUUUACAAGCUGCAAUAAUGGUGACAAGUACAAAAAGAAUUGCAUUUCCAGAACUUUUGCUUAACAACAUGUUUGAUUUUGCCAUAGACACAAACUCAUUAGUAGAAUGGGUUUGCCACCAAUUGCCAACUUCUGGGUCUUUGAGGAAGUCAAUAGUGGAUUGUUUCAGAAGCCAUAACAGCACCAGUGGUAAAAUUACGGCCAUUUCUGUUGAGAAGAUACCUUAUGACUUUGAGUUUCAGUAUCUUUUGGCUAUAUAGACUUUUCCUGACCUAAUUAAUUCAUUUCUAAAGUUAUUUCUUUUUUCAUAUUGAAUAAGGAGAGGGAAACGAGAAAAGAAUCAUAUUGUUUCAACUAAUAAAUUUUCUCCAACAUUUUAA